AUGGCUCUCAAUGACGACAUCGGCAAGCACCCAAAGCUAGGAUCCAACCGGCCCACGGCAGAGGAGGUCAUCGUCUACGAGAGCGGCGACCGCAGUGCUCCCCCAGACCUCCGCUUCAUCCACUACAACGACGUCUACCACGUCGAUGCCUCUUCCGCUGAGCCAGUCGGCGGCAUAGCGAGGUUCCAGCAUCUUGUAAACUACUAUCGCAAGGACGAGAGGUUUGAGGGGCAGACUGAGCUCCUCACUUUCUUCUCGGGCGAUGCGUUCAACCCUAGCUUAGAGAGCAGUGUGACGAAAGGCCAGCACAUGGUCCCUGUGCUUAACGGCAUCGGCACCGAUGUAGCCUGCGUAGGAAACCACGACCUCGACUUCGGCAUCACCCAGUACCGCCACCUAACCUCCCAAUGCUCCUUUCCCUGGCUUCUAGCCAACGUCCUCGAUCCCGCCCUUGGCAACAACGAAUCCUUGGGCAGCGCACAAAAAACGGUCAUCCUCACAGCUUCGAACGGUAUCAAAAUAGGCGUGAUAGGUCUUGUCGAGAGAGAAUGGCUAGACACCAUCAACAGCCUGCCACCGAACCUGGACUACAAGUCCGUUUCGCAAACAGCAAAAGAGCUUGUACCGGGACUCCGGGCCCAAGGGUGCGAACUGAUUGUGGCACUGACUCAUCAGCGGGAGCCGAAUGACAUCAAACUGGCCGAGAAGACGGAAGGAUUGAUUGAUCUGAUACUCGGCGGACACGACCAUAUGUACAACAACGCGUACAUCAAGGGGACACAUGUGUUGCGUAGUGGGAGCGAUUUCAAGGAAUUUUCUUAUAUAGAGGCUCGGCGGGCGACCGAUCCUUUGCGCAAAGGGAAAUGGGACUUCACCAUCGUACGCCGAGACGUUGUCUCCUCCAUUCCUCAGGACCCGCCGACGGUGCAGCUGGCAGAAAAGCUGACCUCCAGCCUGCGGACGAAGCUGGAGAAGCCUGUGGGUUACACCGCGGCACCGCUGGACGCUCGCUUCACGACCGUCAGACUGAAGGAAAGCAACAUUGGCAACUUUAUCGCUGAUCUUAUGAGGUCUCACUAUGGCGGUGAUUGCUGUAUCAUGGCGGCUGGCACCAUCAGGGGAGAUCAGAUCUAUCCACCAGGUUUGUUAAGGCUGAAAGACAUUAUGAAUUGUUUCCCCUUCGAAGACCCCGUCGUGGUCAUCAGGGUCAAAGGUGCCGCCAUCCUCUCCGCCCUUGAGAAUUCGGUGUCCACCUAUCCAGCCCUGGAAGGCCGCUUCCCUCAAGUCUCCAACAUCUUCUUCACGUUCAACCCCGCCCUACCGCCAGAUGCCCGUGUCAUCUCAACCAAAAUCGGCCAAGAGCCGCUAGACCUAGAGAAGGAAUACGUCCUAGUUACCCGCGGCUACAUGGCGCGCGGCAAGGACGGCUACGACUCACUCCUCAUCAAAGAAGAGGGCGGUACGGCCGUUGAAGUCGUGAGCGAGGAGAACGGCGUGCUCAUCUCCACGAUCCUGCGCCAGUUCUUCAUGAGUCUAAAGGUGUUGGGGAAGUGGAAGCAGUGGGGACCAAACAUGGGGCGGCAUUGGUCCAGCGUGCAGGAGGAGCUGCAGCAGAAGCACAAGCACAAGAUCGUGGAGCCGCAGGCGCCGUCGAGCAAGGACGUCGAGGCGUUCAGGAAGGCGGCGAAUGAGGCAGGGGGCGGGAAGAAUGAGAGCCGGGAUGGGAGGAGUACGCCGCAAGCCGAGCGGCCGGAUGGAACGGAAACACCGUUGAAUGAUGAUGACGAGGAGGACGAAAACACGGAUCUAAGGCCCGUGAAUACAGCGCUGAGCAAGAGGGAACAUGAGUUGUCGAUUAUGCGGAAGGUGAUGAGGAAGUGGUGGAGGCUGGCAGGGCUGCCGGGACAUCCGGCGCAGUGCGACGAGCUGACUGAAGGCGAGUUCAUGGUCAACUGGACGAAGGCCAUCGCGCCCAGGGUCGAGGGCAGGAUCCGAGAGACUACGGCGACCAAGGCAUGA